UCCAAUGUACAGGUAGCCACGUAAACUGUACGAUGCAUGUUAUUUACAUACUUGUACUCGUAAUAACGACAGUCGGCGGCGUCAGUGCGUACUCCAGUGAUGAUACUCAAUACAUACUACGGGAAAUCCGUCACAUGCGCCGGGAGCACUCCGAUCGGAUAAGGACAUGUGAACAAAAAGUCGAUACAAUCCUAGCGGAAAACCGUAAACUCAUACAGCGAAUGGUUAUUCUUGAAAAUGAAAACAAGAUCAUGGUUAGAAGACUUUCUGCGCUUGAAAAAAAAAUGCUUGAUAAAAACAACUCGGUAAACGCUCUAGAAAUUGCAACAGAAAGAAAGUCUAGUGUAAACAUUCUCAAACCUUCAUCAUUACCAUCGCCAAUAUCGACGACUGACAAGGACACACGAGCAAAGACCAAUGAUAACAGACGAAUCACCGAUGAUUUCAUCGAUGUUCCUCUCAAAACGACAAGAAGGAAACACACUGUUGAAACGGAUACAAGCCAGUCAGGUAUCCGUGAAAAGAUGAUGACCAAGGAAAAACGAGUCGGUCCCAUGGAAAAUGCAGUGGGGUUUUACGCAGCCUUAGCCCCAGAUAUGUCCUUGGGGGACCAACAGGACCUGAAGUUUGAUCAUGUUUAUACAAACAUUGGCCAGGGCUACGAACCAAGGGACGGUCACUUCAACGCUCCUGUUGCUGGUUUAUACCUGUUAUCUGCGACAAUCCUUAGUGCUGGAACCACAACCGAUGACAUGUUACUUGAAUUUGUUAAAAAUGGAGUAAACGUUGGCCAAGUAUAUGCAACAAGGAGUUUAAACGAAGGUUCUAGAGUUAUCGUUCUUUCCCUUGACGUUGGAGAUAUGGUUUGGGUCCGUCACAUGACCGGAGAUCCUGGGACCGUCGCAAACGGAUCCCAUUACAGCUCCUUCUCCGGUGUUCUAAUUUCAGCGUUUGAAAAAUGUAGUACAAGUGUUCAUUAGUUGGUGAAUAGCCUGUGUCCUCGGUCGAUAUCACUCUAUCCGGUCCAUAUAACAACGAAUCGACCUCGACAAUAGUCCAUAAUUGAUAAAAAUGGGUAUUUAACCCUACUGCACACCAGUUAUUACUGGUUAUUAUUGGUUGAAGAGUAUUUAUUCAAUCAGAAAUACUAGUAUGGUUAAUACAGUUUUGUUUCUGUGACUCCAGUUGCAAGACUAUAACGAAGGUCUUUAUGAGAAGUUCUUUUUACAUAUACAAUAAGAUUUUAUAUGUGACGUUU